AUGAGCAAAGCUUUUGAUGUUAUCUGUAUGAGAACGGUACGGAAGGCUUUGAAAAAGUAUGGUGUAGAUGAGGAGACAAUACAAAUGGUAAUGAAGCUGUAUAAAGUUGACAACAAUGUCAUCAGAAUAGGAUCAAAUGAAGAAGAAUUCAGAAGAGGAAGAGGUGUACGACAGGGUGAUGCUAUGAGCCCAAUACUCUUUGUACUGGGGUUACAAUAUGCACUUGACAAGAUUGACUGGCAAGAAAUGGGGAUUGACAUCAAUGGUUCGAAGCUGAGAAUACUAAUUUAUGCAGAUGACAUCACAAUUCUGGCGAACAAUACGGAAGAACUAAAAGAGAUGACAGAAAAGGUAGAAGAAGCGACGAACAUGAUUGGGCUCAGAAUGAACAAAGAGAAAACAUGCUGGAUGGGGAAUGUGGAAGGAGUACUGAGAAUUCAAAAUAUGGAGAUUCAGAAGACAGAGAAGUGCAAAUAUUUGGGUCAGACGUUGACGUUUCCAAAUGAGCAUGGUGAAGAGAUAAAAGACAGAAUCAGAAGUGGAUGGUGCAAGUUCCAGGAAGUUAAAUGGCUGCUGAUGAACAAGAAGACUCCCACAUCACUGUGGUGA